ACAAUUGGAUAGAGUGUUUCCAACGUGUCACCAAUAAUGCCCAACAUUUCUUCAGUUCAUUACACCAAAGGAACCUUCCUACCAUACCAAACGGCGUAUAUAUGCCUCGUCUUUUCUAAUUUCUUAAGCAACCAGGUGACGGCGAUGUUUAACGGAAAAGAAACGGAGGCAGAGAAGAGAAAGCAGCCGGACAACGACGGCAUCAUCUCAGGGAGGCAAAAGCAAAAGAAGGCUAGGGAUGAUAAGGGAGACGUCACGGCCGUGAAGGAGGACGAGGUUGAGGAGUUCUUUGCUAUCCUCGGACGGAUACGCCGGGUGGUCAGGCACUUCAAGAAUGCUGACGGUGGUGGCAGCCUUAAAGUAGCGGGCGGAGGAUCCCGAUUGAGGGCAAUGCUCGAGCGUGAUGAAGAAGCAAACGGCGUUCAACUGGGGACCAACAUGCAAGAUUGUGGUGAGGAGGAGAAUUUGGACUUGGAUUUGAAUGCAGAUCCGGAUCCGGAAUGUGAUCCAAGUUAGAUGGGUAACUUCAUGGGCUUUGUGCAAAUGUGGAUAAAUGAUUAGGCGGUUUGUUGUGUUGUGGAUUGCAAUUUGCAAAACUUAUGCUUAAUUUGGUGCAUGUGGUUCUCUACAAAUAUCAAAUUUAUUUGGAAAUUAUUUGACCCUCCCCUUUGUUUAAAAAUCGGAAUUUUGUGAGUGCAACAACUUUAGAUUUUGUUGGUUUAA